AAGGUGUGGUUUCCUGGCUAUAAGACAUCUACUUCCUUGUGAAAGUCCUUGAGCACUUGGAUUUCAGUUAAAUUUUCAUUGGGACAAAAAUGGAAUUCAUAACAGGACAAACCCUUGUAAGGAAAAACAGGUCUAAUGUGCAAGCUGAUGAUGCUUUGCAAGGCAAAGAGAUAAUUGGAUUUUAUUUUUCUGCUCACUGGUGUCCACCGUGUAGAAUGUUCACUCCGGUAUUAGCAGAUUUUUACGAAGAAAUCAAGGAAAAUGACCUUCCUCUUGAAAUCAUAUUUGUAUCAUCAGACCGAUCUGAAGAUGCCUUGUUUGAUUACAUGAACGAAGCUCAUGGUGAUUGGCUAGCUAUACCUCAUGGUUCUCCUGUGGCCGAGCAGCUGAAAAAGAAGUUUAACAUACAAGGUAUUCCAACUCUAGUGGUUAUAAAAAAAGAUGGAAGUGUUAUCACAACAAAUGGAAGAUCUGAUGUUGAAAAGAAAGGAGCUGCUGCUUUUAAAGAAUGGAAUAAAUAGUUAAUUUUAUAUUACAUUUAUCACAAAUGGAAGUUGUUAAGGGGAAAAGGGAGGAGAUUCUUUUUAGAAAGUAAAAGGGUUGACUUUAUUACAUAUUUUUUUAAUGUUAUCGGCAAUGCUAGUUUUAAUAUACAUUUAAAAAACAAACUGUUAAAACUUUUGCCUUUCAACUAUGAAAUAGAAAUGCACAGUGUAUUAUUAUUUAUUAAACUUUAUUAUUUUAGCAUUUAGCAUGGAACCUAUUUUUCAGUGAAAUGUAAAUAAAAUUUUUGAAGAUUGCAUUGUA